AAGAAGCGGGGUGGAAGUAAUUGUUUGCGUAACCAAUCUGUAUAUAUGUGGCAAGUGUUAUGUCGGCCAAUCGCGUUCAGUUGCUAUGGUGACGACGCUGCGUAGCUUCCAUCAUGCCACCAGACUGAAACUGAAAGCGUUAGCUUCAAAUAUUAUAUACAUACAUAUAAAUAUAUAUAUAUAUAUAUAUAUGUGUGUGUAUGUAUGUACAUGAGAGCAAGAGGAGGGUGCAGAGUGACUAUUUCAGAUCAAUAAAUAAACGUUACGGUGUUGUGAAACAUGUGAGUAAAGUGGCUUCUGUUAGACUUCAUAUUUAAAGUAUAUUCUAACGUUUGAUUUUUUUUUUUUUUUUUGUAAUUAUUUAUUUAUACGACAAUUGAUUUGUCUAUUAUAUUUUCUCGUUGCUGUUCUUUAAGCUUCGUUUCAUUUUUCACUUAUUUCGGCCUUUAGACGUGUACACUUCUUUGCAAACGUAUAUUUCCCCACAUAAGGAAAAGUAACACACACACACGUCUAUUCAUAAUUAUAUACAAUGUGUAUACAAUGAUUAUUUAGUAUCCUUAUAUUCAAAUAUUGAAACGCUGGUUUUUAGAUAGACGUAUACGAACAUUUACAAAUCUAUUGUAACUGGAGUAAAACUGAAUUUAUUAUUCCUUCGGAACAUAAAAUGAAAUCAUAAAAAGACAAUUUUUAUUCGACUGAAUAAUUUUAAAUUGCGUUUUUGUAAAUAAUUAUUGAAAAUUGAAUUUCUUAGAAAUAUUGAAAUGUUUUCUGCAGUUAACAACUUGUACUUCAAACACCUGCUGGUCGUCUUAGAUUUUGUCCAUACAGUUUAAGGAGUACCUAGACAAAAUCUACCUCGAAAUGGACGCAGAAGAAACGUUGACUAUUUCUAAGAACAUUAACCGUUUGUUACAACCAUCCAUGUUAUAUAAGGAAAUGUUGGCGAAAGCUCAAGAAGAAGCCAUCAAACUAAAUGUCCGUUUGUCUGACGUCAAAACAACUCUAUAUCAAAAGUUUCGAGACACGAAAUUUGACCGUCCACUCCGUAAUUACGUUUACAAUUACCUGAAACGAAAUGGAUACCUUGCAGCGAAACAGAAACUACAGACAUUUUCGCAUGAACAACUUGACUACUUGUACGAGGCACAGCAAAAUUGGGAGAGACGAAUUGUUAAAAGUCUGAAUGCCAUGUGUACUGAGCAAAAUAUAUCUUUAGCUCGCAAGAGGCCCCAAAAAGACAUCAACCAACUGAUGAGCCAAUGGACGGAGCUGGGAACUAACAUCCGUGAACCAACGAAUAUCCGUCCUGUGUAUGCACCAAAAGACUUCCUUGAUGCCAUCAUAAGUAUUCAGAACCAAAACAUCAACAGGAACAGUGAAGGACCUAUGAGUAUGUGGGGUAUAAUCCAAAUUGCGCUGAAAGUGAGGACCCUAUCAGAAUUGCGAACAUUCUAUAGUGGGAUUUCGAUAAACAAUUGUCAAAUAGGCAUUGACGAUACUAUCGAUGGUCUGAACGAAAGCUUCUUCAAUGAGAACAUAAAACUCGGUAAAAAAGUUAUCGCUCUCGGCUUAACUCCAGUCUCGCAAGAAUAUUCCAAGAAAGGAUGUCCAGUCAGCUUACGAAGGAUACUCUGGAGCCAAAUGCUUGGCCUUGAUAUAAGCAACACUGACUACGUUUACUAUAAACAACUGAAAAAUUAUGUGUUUAAACACGAACUUCUCACUGAUAAACUACUUUACAAAGACAUUAAACUGACGGCGAGCAAUGAUGACCAGUAUUUUGUAUUCGAAGACUUAUUAUAUCAAGUCCUUUUACCGUUUUUGCGUGAUACCAUUUUACUGACCUGCAAUAACAAAACCAACGGCAGUUUACCAAAAUCUUACAUUCGUGGCAAACUAGGAAACAGUGACUUGUCUGUGAUAUUUCCUCCCAGUGGUGUUAUACCAUUUCAUGGUUUCUCCAUGUAUGUUGUUCCAUUCUGUUACCUUUACAGUGAGCCAGAGCAACUUUAUUUUAUCUUUAGAGAAAUGUAUUCCAGGUUUUUCUUCCGACUCCAUUGCAUCUCGUCUCACGAAGAAGGCAUUUUAUCCAUUUGUCUGUUGUUCGAACAACUUUUGCAGACUUUGGAACCAGAGGUUUUCUUUCAUCUAAAACUCCACGGCAUCCAACCGCUGAGAAUCGCCUUUAAGUGGAUAAUUAGGGCUUUCUCCGGUUGUCUUGCUUGCGAUCAGGUUUUAUUAUUGUGGGACCGUAUACUUGCGUUUGACUCAUUGCAGAUCCUCGCUGUCCUUGCAGCUGCCAUAUUUUCUUUCCGAAAGAGUAAUUUAAUGAAAGUGCAAAGUCUUUCAGCUGCUGAAGGAGUUUUUGCUGAUUUGAUGACACUACAAAUAAUCCCUCUUAUACAGCUGGCCUUGUUCUCAAAAUAAUUUCUGUAGAACAAUUCUUAGUUAAUCAGACAUCGAUAGAUCUUCCAUAGAAUGUUAAUAACAUGUUUUGAUUAUGUGAUACACACACGCACACACACACACACACACACAUAUACACAUGUAUGUGAGUAUGUAUGUGUCAGAAUUAAAACAUUAAUAAAGUAACAUAAGUGGAAGAUAGUCAUAUUAAACACCCCUUGUAGUAUGAACUUCUGACACUACGUUGUGAGUUUAAACAACAACAGAUCGACUUCUGCGCUUAUCGCUGCUAGAAAAAGUUCCUGGGGGCGCUGCUUGCUUUUUCAGAGCUAGGUACACUCGUACCACCUCCAUUCAGGCACAAUACACUCCUCUCGCCGCCUAUAGUACGUAGAUCUUCUCCACCCUUCUGGGGCCCACCUUCGUCUUUCCAGUAUUCGUUCCCUGUCCAUGAUUUUCCUGUGGUCUUCACUUUGUAACUGUUCAAGAGGAACGUUGUUGACCUUAUCAACCUCAUCGGUUUCAGAGGAACUACUGCGUCCGAAGGCUGCGGAUACAAACUCUUUCUGCGGGAUCAAACAAGUAUUUAAGGAGUACUGGGGUUUAUUAAAAACGUGUUGUGGAUGAAUAAUGUACACUAAACUCAUUAGACUUUAAAGCAUCCAAGAUGUAAACGGGAUUGUUAUAGAAUUCUAGCAGAAGGGCCAUGUGAUAAUGUUGUUAUUUGGGAUUAAACGCCUUACAGAGUUAUGUCCCUUCGUGAUGUCUGUUUAAACAUUCUCUGGUCGACGAGGUCUGGUUGAUUAGGUUCUGAGUUCAAAUCCAGCUUAGAUUGACUUUGCUCUUUAUUAAUCAGGCGUCGAUAAAAGGAAGUACCUAUGAAACACUGGGGUUCAUAUAAUCUACAGUUGCCUCAACACAACAAAAUUUCUGUCCUUGUGCCUAACGUAAGAAAUUAAAUACCUUAGCAGUAUGUAGUUAUGUCCCUUAGUUGUCCGUUCUAAUACUGUCGAAUCGGCACCAUCGUGGGCCUUUAUAUCGACGAUGAGUAUUCAGUUGUUCGUCCAGUGAUUCUCAACUGGGGUCCUCAUGACUCUUGGGGCACCAUAUUUUGGUGAUAAACUUUAUGUGCUAUAAAUUGGUUAUUUUUCAACAAUACACAAAACAAUUCCAAAUAAUAUUUAAUUAUAACAAGAAUAAUGGAAUUUUUUUUAAUAUCCAGUGGCUAUGGGGGUCCAGUAGAGUAAAAUAGGGAUCAAAGAGGUCCAUAGACAAAAAAUAGUUGAGAACCACUUGUCUAACUGAAUUCCGUGUUUAUUAAAUUAGCAUAAAAGUCGCAGAAAUUUUCAGACGCAUCUAUCUUUAACAUAACUCCCAGGCAGUUAAACAAAUUGAUAACAACAUACCUGAGCUAUGCUCGGAGGCUGUUGGGAGAGUGUUGGGAACAUGCUUAGCAGCAUUUCUUCCGACCUAACGUUCCUUUCAUCUCUUCAGCGUUGAUAAACUAAGUACCCCUUCCCCCCAAAUUUCAGGCCUUGUGCCUAUAUCAGAAAGUAUAUUAAAUGUUCAUCAUCAUCAUCAUCAUUUCAUUUAACGUUCCCUUUUCCAUGUUUGCAUGAGUCAGACAGAAUGUGCUGAGGCUGAUUUUUUUUUUACAGCCAGAUGCCCUUCCUGUCGCUAACACUCACCUGUUUCAAAGCAAGGUAAUUUUCCCUAUGGCUACACACGUUUUCAUGAGAGACUUGGAAUUAAACAACAUGGCUUAUUUGAUGGUGAAGCCCGCUUACAAUCAGUACAUGAUGUCAAGACAACGGUACACACAAACACAGACACACAUAAGUGCAGUUGUGGUUGUGUGUUAAGAAGUUUGCUUCCUAACCACAUGGUUUGGGGUUCAGUCCCACUGCAUGGUACCUUGGGUAUGUGUCUACUACUAUAGUCCCAGACUGACCAAAGCCUUGUGAGUGAAUUUGGUAGAUGGAAAUUGAAAGAAAUCCAUCAUAUAUAUAUAUAUAUAUAUAGAUAGAUAGAUAGAUAGAUAGAUAGAUAAUUAUAUAGAUAUAAUUAUAAUUAAGGAUACUUAGAAACAGCACAAUGACUAAAAACCACUUCAAAUUACACUUCAUUAGCACAGGGCUGAAAGCAAGGAAAUGAAUAAAAGAGAUUUGGCAAAAAUAUUUUUCGAGGUUAAUUCUAGAUCAUCCGAUUAACAUAAAUAAUAACAUCAAAUCGAAUAAGAGUCCAGCUAGAAAUAGAACAAAGGUAACAUUAUCUAUAGGAGUAAAUAGUAAUAAAGAACUUGGUGGAAAGGAACUUAAUUCUACAAUGAAUGAUCAAAUUGAAACUAAAUCUGACAGAAAUAUAAAAGGCUAUCUUUGCAAUUGCUCUAAAUGGGUGUCCUGUUAUGUGGAAAAUAAGUGUAAGACUAGAAAUGUAAUGUAUAGAUGCACAGUUACAGCUGAGGGUAAGCAAUUCUUUUAUAUCAGUAGGACAUCAUUAAUUUUCAAGAGGAAACUGGCAAAUUGAGUUCAUUUAAAGACAAAAAUAGAAGGUUCCAAACAAGUCUUAGCAAAUUAAAAUGGUCUUUUAAGGACAGUAAUAAGGACUAUAUGAUUAAAUGGGAAUUAAUUUGUACUGCAAAACCAUACGGACCUGGAACCAAUAGACCUAUAUUUAGAAGAAUUUUACAGAAUUUUCACAUCCAAGGGUAAUGUAAUAUAUUUUAGACAAUAGCAUGCAUCGAGGUGCUUGCACAUGAGGAAAUCCACAUUUGCCAAGUAUAAAUGAUUAAUUUUUAUUUAAGCUAUGGAAGGUUUUGAAAUGAUGGACUAAAAAUGAUUAUCCAAUAAGAACUUGAAAUAGAGCUUGUUUGCAUCAGCUCUACAUUAUACAACGCAGAAUUUAUAAAAGAAAAUCAUUAAAUGGCCAUAGCAAGAGAUAUCAAGAUAAGACCCUAAAGAGACUGCACCGUUUUAUAGUAGGGUUGCAAUUGUAACGAUUACUAGUAGGUGUAAUUGAAACAUGUUGGUCUUUGAAAGGCAGUAUAUAAUUAUAGAAUUAAAGGUAAUGCUAUCGCUAUUUAGGAGUAAUCCUUAUUUUUAAUAUUGUUGAUAUAUAUAUAUAUAUAUAUAUAUGUUGUAAGCGGCCUUUUGACAACGGUUGUUGCUCUGACAGAUAUUGUUAUAUUCCAAAGUCAUCAAUAGGAUGGUUCCAUCUGGCACUGUACAACCCCCAGUCACUACACAGAACUUUGUUGGGUAUUUUUGUGUCAAAGCAUUUCCACUCAUUCUCAUUCUCCUUAUUCUGUCUUUAAUAACCAUGAAUGAUUUUCAAAUCAAAAAAAUAAAUAAAUAAAUUGUUUUAUACAACGAAGUGAUAUAACUAUUACAUUCACCAUCUCAUGUAUAAUGUUUUAUUUAAAUAAUUAUGGUACAUGUGUAAAUGUAAAUGUUUCUUAUAAUAAAAAAUAUGGAAACCUA